UACGUCGCAUACGUUCUUUCACUCCGCACCGUUCGUGACACGCAGACUUCAGUCGUUCACGUCGAGUCCAGUACUCAUUUUUCCAAGUACUUUUCCGAUCUUUACCCAAACAGCAAAAAUGGCCGAAGCCAAGGCACCGAAAGACCCGUACGGUUUCGCAAAGGACUUUUUGGCCGGCGGUAUCUCCGCUGCCGUGUCCAAGACCGCCGUCGCUCCCAUCGAACGUGUCAAGCUCAUCCUGCAAGUGCAAGCCGCGUCCACCCAGAUCGCCGCCGAUAAACAAUACAAAGGUGCGUAUGCGUAAUCGCGGCUAUAUUUUUCACAUUUAUUAGGCGAGGUUUAUUUUUUUUUUUUUUUUUCGUUUUGUGUCGCGUUCUUGAUUUUCGUCCCGACCCCCGGGAGACGCAGCGAACAACAGCGGACUCCCGAUCGGGAAUCGAUUUUGGCGAAUUGGGUUAGGUCGGCGGGCGGGGCUUUCGCCACCGCACGCCUUUGUCUGAAACGACACCGGCGUCGUGCAUCGUGCGUCGUUUGGUUUUCCCCGCCGCGCGUUUGGUUUCACGGAUUUCCCGAUACUCCCGUGUUACCACGUAGCGACAGCGGGCGCAAUGUUCGUUGAACCCGUGGUCCGAUCGGCCUCACUCGUUUCGACGUUGGUGGGGAGAGAAGACGGGUGCCGGGUGCGCCAUUUUGCUCGAUAUCCAGCGCCGUGUGCGUUGUUCUCACGUCACCGUCGUAGGUCGUGACGUGAUUCUGCGGCCGGUGUCAGUUUCGGUUUCGGCCAGCCGUAUUUUUCGCGUUUCCGUUUGUAGGUUAAGUCUGGCGCCGUAUAUUAUCGUCGGCGGCCGUCAUGUUUUUUUUUUUUUUUUAUAUUAUUAUUAUUUUUCCCCCUUCGAAACGCGUAGGUACGGCCGCUCGGAUUGCGAGUGUUCUAGAAACGCGCGUCUGGCAGACUUCGCCGGGAUUUUUUUUUUUUUAUAGCUCUAGUGGGCGGUAUGCCCGCCGACAAACGAACUCGUUUGCCGAGUUCCGUGCGGUUUAUUUUUACAAUUUUGACGCACCCGUUAUUAAUAACGUUUUGCCCCAAUAAUUUUAUUAACCCCGCCGUAAAACUGGACGGGUACCAAUUUGGUUGUAUUUUUUUUUUCUGUUAGCUGUAUUGGGUUAUUAUGAUAUUAUAACUAUGACGUUGGGUCAAACUGCCUGGAUUAACCGUAGACGCAUUAUUUUCAUUUAAUCUUUAUUGUUCGUACUUUGUACGUUCGUACGAGUUCUAUGAAAGAAUAUUUCGACAUUUAACCAGUCGUUGCCUGUUUAAUUUUAAUUUAAAAUCCAAAGUAAAAAAAAAAAAAAAAUUAAUCGAUAUCGCACUAAAUAAUGUGAUAAUUAUACUGCAGUCUCUUAUAUAAUUUGGUUCUUAGAUUAUUAGUUGAUCGGUACAUUAUAUAUUAAUUUAUUUUAUCUGCAAUUAUUAUAACUCUCGCUGAAUUUUCAACACCCUAAUAAUUAUAGUAAUACAUUAUUCAAUAUUUAUAAAUGAUUGAAUUUAAUUCCGUGUGUAAUAUAAUAUAAUACUACCAGUCUUUGGAUAAUUUAAUAGUUAUGCGAAUAGUUGAACCAACGUGUAUUUGAUUAUAGCCCAAUAAAUGGUUUAAGCGUACCACAUUAAGUAUUAACAUAGUACAAAUUGUGUAUUAUCUUUAUAGAGUUAAUAAUUAAUUGUUUUCAUUGAGAAACAAAACUUUUUAUAUAUAUAUUGAUUACUAUUAUUAUGAAUUUGAAUAUAAAUGCCAUUCUUUGGCGUGGAAAUAAUUGUGUAGGUAUAUUAAUGAAUAUUCCAGCAUUUGCACUUUUUUAAAUUUAUCCAAUUUAGAUUAUUUUGUUCUUUAAGUUAGCACUAUUACAUAUAUAAACACCAAUUUGAUUUCAACGUGGUACUUAAUGUAUACAAUUUUUUGAUAGAUUGUCAUUGACUGGUGAACUGACACCAUUACCCCUAGACCUACCUACCCUAAUAUGUAAAUUAUUUGAAAUUUUGCAUUUUAACUAUGUUUUAAAGUAUGGAUUUGAAAUAUUUAAAUUGAUUGUUAAUUACUGUUGGCGCUUAAAUAUUAUUUUAAAGUAUCAGAUUUCUUAAUUUAUAGUAUUAUAACACUCACAAUGUAAAUCUCUUGAAAAUCCACGUGAUAAAGCUUUUAAGCUUAAGUAGAAUCUUAAGUAAUCAUGGAAAUCCUAGUAAUCAUUGGGAAAAUCUUAGUAUUCUGGGGUCUAGUGUACACAAUAUACAUCAGUGAUUCACUUCUGGUAAUAAUCACUUUUAAUUCUUUAUAUUCUGUUCUAGACUAGUAUUAAUUUAUUAUUUUUAUCUACAAUUUAAAUUUUUAUUUUCAAUCUGAAACAUGUAAUUAUUAAUUAUUUUGAUUAAAAUUAAUCGCUGGUAGUAGGUAGGUACCUAGUUUUAAUUAUUUCAUAAAUAUAAUAGAUACUGGUAAUAUUCUUAACAAAAAUUGACUAUUAAAUACAAUGGAUAGUUAUAAUAUUCUAUACAAAUGAUAGAUAACAUUCAAUUUUUCUGCAUAGAUUUAUACAUCCUUAUUGUUUGUGUUUAUAUUUUUGACUGAAAUAAAUAAGUAUUUCCAUUUAUCAAAUAAAUAAUUAUUGCAUGUGGCAUUUAACCUGCCACGAGUCAUAUUAUUAUUUGUAACACAUGUGGUCGCACAAGGUCUUUUUGACCAUUCACUUAUAUACAAAUGCAUUUAUUAAUGAUUUACAGAAAUUAUAUUUUAUAAUAAAAGUUGGUAUUAAUAGAACUACUAUACUUGAGCCUAAAGUGAAAAUAAAUUAUUCAAAAAUACCAAUAUUAGUGUGUGAUGACUAACGUGAUGCGUUUAAAACUUAAUGAAAAUAUUGCAACCUUUGAUUAAUUAUUUGAAGAGAUAAAAGAUAAGUGAUUGGAUAGAUGGUUUUUGUUGGUUUUUCAUUUUAAAUUGGAUGACAAUGAAAAUAAUACCUAACAAAAUUAAUUGAUAUUGAGUUUGGUCAUACAUGGUAUUUUUGACAGGUUACCGAUUUUAAAAAUGGCUAUAAAUUCGACAAACAAUAAUUAAAUGUUCUAAAUAGUUUAACAUCUACAAUAAAGGUAUCAAAUUGCAUGAUAUAAAGUAAAUCACUUAUAAUGAGUAAUUAGUAAAAUAAUAAACUCACCGUCUCAAAGACUGAGACGCGACUCAUGGCAGGUUGACUGCAUUUUAUGCAAAUGUGAUUUACUGUUGCUGUAACCUGUUAUAUAGCCAUUGGAAAUUAUGGAUAGGUGUUAUAAAUUUAUAUUAAUGAGUAGGUACCUAUUUGAAAAUAUUUUAUGUGUUAUAUCAAUGUAGUUACAACAAUUUAUAUUAUUUUGAUAUCUAUAGGUAUCAUGGACUGCUUGGUCAGAAUCCCAAAAGAACAAGGUUUCGCCAGUUUCUGGAGAGGUAACAUGGCUAAUGUUAUCAGGUAUUUCCCAACCCAGGCUUUGAACUUUGCGUUCAAAGAUGUCUACAAACAACUGUUCAUGGAUGGCGUAGACAAGAAAACUCAAUUCUGGCGAUACUUUGCUGGUAACUUGGCUUCUGGUGGUGCUGCCGGAGCUACUUCCUUGUGUUUCGUGUACCCACUCGAUUACGCCCGUACAAGGUUAGUUUGAUUUGUUCAUUUGAUGACUGGUACAAUUGUUAUUCAAAUAUUCUAAAUUAUAGAUUAGGAGCUGAUGUAGGUAAAGGACCAGCUGAAAGGCAGUUCAAAGGUCUUGCCGAUUGUAUAGGAAAAACCGUAAAGUCUGACGGUGUUGUUGGUUUGUACCGUGGUUUUGGAGUAUCUGUCCAGGGUAUCAUUAUCUACCGUGCUGCCUACUUUGGAUUCUUUGACACAGCUAAGGGAAUGUUGCCCGACCCGAAGAACACACCUUUCUUGGUUUCAUGGGGUAUUGCCCAAUUCGUAACCACUUUUGCCGGUAUCAUGUCCUAUCCAUUCGACACAGUCAGACGUCGUAUGAUGAUGCAGUCUGGUCGUGCCGCCAACGAACGUAUGUACAACAGCACUUUGGACUGCUGGGCUAAAUUGUACAAAAAUGAAGGUACUGGUGCCUUCUUCAAGGGAGCAUUCUCCAAUGUACUUAGGGGUACUGGUGGUGCCUUGGUGUUGGUCUUCUACGACGAACUUAAACGCCUUAUGUAAUUUUGUUUUCAUAAAAUUAAACAAUACUGUGCAGUAUAUAAUGUAAUUCAAUGGACACUGUUGUAGCGUAAACAUUCCUCGUAAAGUGCAACAUUAUUUUCUCAUAACUGGGCUUCUCAUUCCAAUUGUAUCAUCUGUUAUUCUGUACCGUAUCUGUUUUAAUUUUUUGUCAGUUAUGAUCCCAUUUUUAGGCAACCUAUGUAUGUUAAUGCAAACUAUGUAGGUCCGUGUUUACUGGUUUAUUGUUAAAACUGUAUU